AGCCUUAUUCCUCCUCGAACGCUGAAGAAAUAGGACAGAGCAGUUCCUUCUGGCAGAUCGGCUCCAAUAUUGCGUUCUAGGUACUGGUAGAGCCUUCACUUCAUCCAUGGUUGACCUUAGCUUCGCUAUAGCGGACCGACCAAACCCUCCCGUUAUCUCACUCCUCGCUCACCAUCAAUCCCAUGCACCCACAUCAUCAUCUUCCUCACUCCCUCACGUAAGCCGCAAAAUUCACUCUCUCACAUCAUGAUCAUAUCAGCAGCAUCGGUUAUAUACUUCAACAAGCUCCGCUUCACCAAGCCACUUCCAUGAAUUCUUGAUCCCGGUCAUGUCUCCCACCAUAUCGACUCUUUCUUCCACCCCUUUCUCCAUGCUCUCGCUCCUCCUCCUCCUCCUCCUCCUCCCCUUCUCGCUCCUUGUUUCCCCGUCGACUUCGUCCUCCGACUCGUUCAUCUUCGUCGGCUGCUCUCAGUACAAGUACUCCCCCGGUUCACCCUACGAGACCGGCGUCGACUCCGUCCUCACCUCCCUUGUCAGCUCCUCCGCCUCCUCCUCCUACAACAAUUUCACCAUCCCGGGCCCCACCCCCUCCGACACCGCCUAUGGCCUCUACCAGUGCCACGGGGACCUCGCCGUGGCCGACUGCUCCACCUGCGUGUCCCAUGCGGUAAGCCAACUUGGGACCAUCUGUGCCGGCUCCUCCGGCGGCACACUCCAGCUCGAGGGCUGCCUCGUGCGGUACGACAACACGACGUUCCUCGGCAUGCAGGACAAGACCGUGCUGCUCAGGCGAUGCGGGCCUCUGAUUGGGGGUGCUAAUUCUGAUGGGCUAACACGGCGUGACGCCGUGCUCGGGUACAUAGGAGCUGGGGACGGGACCUACAAGCCGUACAGGACCGGUGCCUCGGGGAGUGUCCAGGCGGUGGCACAGUGUGUGCAGGACCUGAGCGCCGGCGAUUGCCAAGACUGCCUGGCGGAGGCGAUUGGACUUCUGAAGAGUGACUGCGGGGCGGCGAAGUGGGGCAACAUGUACUUGGCCAAGUGCUACGUGCAGUAUUCGGACGGCGAUCACACCAGCGUCGGACACGGUACAUCCGAUGAAGAGGUUACGAAGACUGUGGUCAUCUUGAUCGGUGUCGUUGCUGGGGUUGCGGUCGUGAUCAUCUUCCUCUCUUUGAUGGCAACAAUGUGCGAAAGAGCAAGAGGCGGCAAAUAGAGGCCACAAAUUUGUGGAUGUGAUAUAAUCAGCUGGCUGAUUUGCCACUUUCGGUUCCUUUGUCUAGUCGUUCGAAUUGUUACUCUCACUUUUGUUUCAUGCUUUAGACCUUUUCAGUUGCCCUCUCUCUCUCUCUCUGUGAGAUUAUAUAGAUCAAGUCCAUAUGAACCGUCGAUUAUGUGGGCCUUUCAAUGUGUUCACAUAAAAUUGAUGGUUCAAAUAACAGUGAUCCAUGUGAUAGGUCACGAAUUGUACAGAUAUUCACCUAGAAACGAGUCAAAGGAAAGAUUGCUGCUUUGUAUGUAAGUUGUGUACAUAUAGAUGGUCAAAAGACUCGAAAGUUAAUGUCAUGAUAAAAUGGAGGGCUAUUUCUUGA